UCGUGUUGUGCCGCAAAGCAAUUUGAGAAGCCGACGAGGGGAGAAGAACUCUCUGGAGAGAGCGAGAGCGAGAGAGAGAGGGAGAGAGAGGGGGGGCGAUUCCAAUCACGCUUCAGCCUCGAUCUGGGGUGACGGAUUCUGGUUCCGGUGCUUCUUCUUUCGGUGGGUAAUUCCUGGUUCUUGAGAUCGGCCGCGAGGGUAUUCGUCCUGAGGAUCAGGUUUGAUUCUUUGAGAGAUGGCAGAUUGGAGCGAUCGCGACAUUGAAGACACUGUUUUUGGUAAAGUUGGUGAAAACCAUGACUAUAGAGUGGCCUACCAAGGCAGUAGACUGGUGGAAGAGCCUCUAGCUGUAGAUGAUUUCCUUGUUGCUGGAAACAGUGCAGGCAGCUCCAAGACUAAAGGUGUUCCUUGGAAUGGUCAAAUGCCUGACAACUGCUUCAAACAAUAUAACAUAGGUUCAGAAAGCAACACAUGCAGCACAAGCAAUCCUAUUCGUGCAAAUAUGGGUGCUGCAGAGGAGGCCAACAUCUGCCAAUUUUUAUUUGAUAAUAAUGCUUCAGCUAAUUCUAAACUCACUUUUUUGGAGAAUGAUAAUGUUCAAGAAAAUGAUCUUCUGUAUUAUGACUGGUCUGAUAUGAGCAAUUUUGAGGACAUCGAUACAAUGUUCAGAAACUGUGAUCCUACGUUUGGGCAAUCAAGCAAUACAGAUGGGCUGUCAUGGAUUUCAUCUUCUUCAAAUGGAAUUUUUGGUCCAGACGAUAAUUUCACUUCAGGCUUUGAAGCUUCUACUUCAGAGUUCAGAGAAUUUAAUGAUGCAUCAACAUAUUGUGCAAACAUCAGAUCCUUGCCUGGAGGCAGUACAUUGGAGGUUAAUGACCAUAAUCAAUCAUGUCUAACCCACCGUUCCUGCCAGUUGGAUACAAGAACAAAACAGGCAUUUGAUGGUGGUGGAAACGGUGAGACAAAUUCAGCUCUUACAGAAUUUGCCAACGUGAAUAACUUGGGUGAAUGUGAGCCACAUCUCAAUAUCCAAAUGCAGCAGAUUUAUGGGCAAUACUUAUCUGAAGUAGAGGGAAAAGGCCUUGAACCUUGCCCUUCUCAGCUGCUUCCAAAGGAAAACUUUUUUAUGAAAUCUGACUCGAGUUGUAUGCAUGUCCUCAAACCUGAUUCUCAUAUUGAGGAUAAACUUCUGUACCAGGAUCUUUUGUUGUCAACGACAUCAAGUGGUAUAACUGAAAGCACACAAAAUUCUUCCUCUUCCUUCAAAAUCUCAGCUAAUGUUAUAAGUGAUACUUCCCAUGGCAUGGGAAAUUUACAAGAUUUGUCAAAGGAUCCAGUCAUGCAGCUGAAAGAAAUGGUAGAAAAACCAACCACAGGACCAUCUGAGCUGGCUAGCUUAAUUGAUAAGCAGCAUGAUAAUUUUGAACAAGAAAUUGGUAGUGAGAGAGGGAACGUCAGUUUAGAGCUAUACACAACUGAUAUGGACUCUACAGUGGGGAAAAGCUCAUCGAUGCCAUUGGUUGUGUCUGAUGAUAUUUCUGGCAAAGCUAUUAGCUUUCAUCAGUUUCAGGAUGUCAUAGGUCAGUUGAAUCUUAGAACGAAACUAUGUAUAAGAGACAGUUUAUACCGAUUGGCUAGGAGUGCAGAACAGAGACACAGUUUUGCUGCUGCAAACCAUGAACACCUAGAGCGUACAAGAGGAGUGAAUGGUACAGGAAGAUCAAGAAACAGAACCACAGCGUAUAUGGACAUAGAGACUGAUACAAAUCCCAUCGAUCGGUCUGUGGCACACUUGCUUUUCCAUAGAUCGCUGGGUGGUGCAACCAGAUCUGCUGAUGACUCUUUGUCGCUCGAGUCUCACAUGAUGGCUUGAUGGUAUUGUGAUCCUACCAUGCUUGGUCAACUAUGCCUGGUGCGGAGAUACAAAGGCUGUACGAAUAAAUUCGCCAAGCAUUGACUGACAGAAAAGAACUUCAGCUAGAGCUUUGGCUUAUACUGGUACCUGAGGUUACCCGGCUCCAAUGUUGUAUAAUAUUAAGCGGUAAAAAGCUUAACGACCGAUCUCGUCCUUGUGCUGUUUUCUUUUUGAGCUAGUAUAACACCUCUGAUGCUCUAUUCACACAGAUGUUUAUGCCAUUUGUAUUCCAUCGAGUCAUCUACAUAGGCUGUUUGAACCGAGCAAGUUUGCAUCAUUCUUCUAGCUAUGAAGUCUGAAAGAGAGAAACAAGAUGUUAAAUAUUCUGAAUUGAGAAUCUCAUCAGAAGCAAUAAUCAAGUGUGUUAUUGUCGUUGCACAACUCA